AUGAGUAAUACAACAUCCUCGCCGUCUAAUCAAUAUGAUUUAGUUCAGGCAGCUAAGCAACCUAUUAUUUACAGUUAUUCUGUUACAAUGACAUUUAUAGUCAUUACAAGUAUAUUAAAUGUUAGUGUGCUCUGUCGUCGAGCUCUUCGAUCAUCCACAUGCACUUAUUAUUUUCUUGCUUCUGUUCCACCCACUUUAGCAUACGUGGUUGUUUCACCUGUAAAUGCAGUACUUGUACAAAAUUAUGGAUUCUAUAUCAAUGGUACACCUGUUGCAUGCAAAAUAGUUUCAUUUCUAAGCUAUGCAACAUCAUUAUGGUAUGGAUUAAUGCUAGUGUGUGCUUCAAUUGAUCGAUAUUUUUCAAGCAUAUUUGGUAUAUUAACAAUCUAUAAUAUUCGAAGUCAAAAACAUCGUAUAGCACCCAUGAAUCAAACAAGUCUCUUUCGGCGUACAGAAGGUCAAUUGGCUCGUAUGUUAAUCAUUCAGGUAGCUAUGUAUCUUCUCUUCUUUACACCAUCUGGUAUAACAUAUAUAUUAGUAACAUUUGUGCCAUCAAUGAAUACCUCUUAUUAUCAAACAAUUCGAAAUAUAACAAUUGUUUGGCAACAAGGUGGUUAUUUCAUUUCAUUUUUUCUUUAUGUUCUUACAGGCAAAAUCUAUCGCGAAGAACUAAAGAAUAUUCCCUUUUCUGAAAGAAAGGGUUAUACACAUUAA